GCAAAGGUUAGAGAGAGAAAUGCGGGGACAAACGGCGGGCGCGGGCACCCUGCUCCCUCUCUCCCCUCUCCAAUCCUACGGAGAAUGGGAGCGAGCCAUUUUCCCUCCUGUUUACAACCAAGAACCAAAACUUCCUCCAAACCUCUUUGGGGAUCUUUUCCCCGCAUUUCUGGGCCUCCCGCCCGAUCCCGCCAUACGCCCCUCUCCCGCAUCCGCCCGAGCUGUUGAUCUGGAGAAUCGCAGCUUCUUGAUUUGAGAUCCGCAGCAGCACCGGAUAGAUUAGAUCAAAAAUCGAGGGUUCUUGCCACCAAUCUGUAUGUGCAUUGGCGACUGGGGGAAAACCUGUUACUAGGCUGAGAGCAUCGUGAUUAUUGCAGAAAUUUGGCUCAUCGGCAAAGUUUCGUUGGGAGAAAAGGUUCCAUCUUACGGAACCUGAUGUUGGCAUGAGUAACCAAGGUUGCAGGACUGUUGUUUCCUCAUUUACAAUCUGGUGUGAUCUGAGCAUCUUUGUGCCGCACUAAUGGGAGGUUCACAGGACAGGCCGGGCAUUUGAGCAACCUACAUGCAAAUUGUCGGUGCCCUGAUCUUUCAUGGCUGCGAAAGCUCGUGCGAGGCCGCGAGACUCUUGGCGGCGAUUCUGGCUGGUGCUGGGCCAUGCCUUGAGCGAGUGCUUCCUCAUCGUAAUGCUGCUUGUGGUCGCCGUGGUGUCGUAUACCGCGACGAGGUUUGCGCGCAUCUGCAGGAUCCGGUCACCGUGCAUGCUGUGCUCAAGAUUGGACAAGGUUCUGCAUGGCAAGGCCUGGUUCUCUGAGGAGCUGAUUUGUGCAGCACACAGGGUGGAAAUCGCGCGUUUAUCUUAUUGCCAGAUUCACAGUAAGCUCGCACAUUCUGAUGAUCUAUGUGGAAAGUGCUUGCUUUCAUGUUCUGGACCAGUUGGUAAGCCAGGUAACCCAACAAACAUGAGCAUUAAGGAGAAGGCGGGGCACACACACCGAUGUUCUUGUUGUUCAGAGCCAUUCACGAAGAGAGACAACGCGCACAAGUUAUUUGAGGAGGUGAAUGGCAGGUCUCAGAAUGAUGGAAUGAGCAAAGUGAAGGAGAGAAGCAUGGCCACGGCAAGCGUUGGGCAUUCUUCGGAUGAGGAUUUUGAUCAAUUGCCUCACGGAGGUUACAGAAAGCUAAAUGCCUGUCAUGACUCUCAAUCAGAGAUUCAUGUCUCAGAUGAUGAUGUUGGCGGCUAUGCAAAGCCUUAUGAAGCUAAACGUCGAACCAGAGAUCUCGACGAGCACUCGAAGGCUGUGCCUGAGCAAAUUCGUCAGGAGCUUCCGAAAGAGAAAACUUUUCUGGUUGGUGUUGAGGAGGUCGGCGAUUUAGAGGGUGUUUCACGAAGCCCUGACCAGGAAGCUGCAGAGGCUUUUGCUGCUUCUGCAUCUAACGGGGCCCGCUCAACUACAAACCAUUAUAUCAACCGCAACAGUAGCAUGAAGAAUGCUCCUGGUGGUAGAGGCAAUCUUAGGUCUCCUCGAUGGUCUGAAGUAAUCUCCGCUAAGGAAACCAAUUCAACAACACAUGAAGAAGUGAAGACAUUCAUGUCCCAGUUGUCUUCUGUGCGAGGCCUCGAUGGUCCUUGGAGUGAGGUGGCUGCUAGCCCCAGAAUCAGCAUACAGAUUGAUGAGUACAGUCAAUCUGAUGCCAUUGAUGGCAGACAGUUCCUUGAUCUGGAACCAUCUGAUGUUCCAACUGAAGCUGAAGGUGAAAUCUCCCCUGAGUCCCUGAAGAAGCAAUGCGAGCUUAACAAGAAAAAACUAAGCAUCCUUUAUAAGGAGCUCGAGGCAGAACGGAGUGCUUCGUCUGUUGCAGCAAGUGAAGCGAUGGCUAUGAUCAAUAGGUUGCAAGUGGAAAAGGCUGCAAUGCACAUGGAGGCGCUGCAGUAUCUCCGGAUGAUGGAAGAGCAGGCUGAUCAUGACCAAGAAGAAAUUGGAAAGCUAAAUGACUUGCUUACAGAAAGGGAGAAAGAAAUGCUUGACCUGGAAGCUGAACUCGAAAGUUAUGAGAGCAGGUUCCGCAUCGAACCAUUUGAUCUCGGGAAUUUUGACGCUGUUGAUGGAGAUAUGGCACUCAGUGUCUUGGAUAGCUCAGAUUUUGUGAGGAAUACCAUCUUUGGUUUUGAAGAUGAGAAGGCCAAAAUUUUGGAAUCCUUGAGCAGAUUAGAGGAAACACUUGGCGUGCCUUACACAAAUAGAUUUGAUUUGGGUGGCGCAAGUGACAUCCUACAGAGUGGGUCACUGAGAGAUCAUCCAAGUGAUGGGCCUGGCCAACAUGUAGAGAACUCAGAAUUGGAACGCCGGAGUUCACUAUUGCCUCAGGAGCACAUGAACGACGAAUCACACUUGAACGAUGACUCACUGAGAGAUCAUCCAAGUGAUGGACCUGGCCAAGAUCUAGAAAACUCAGAAUUGGAAUGUCAGAGUUCACUAUUGCCUCAGGAACACAUGAACGAUGAAUCACACUUGAAAGAUGACUCAAUGAGAGAUCAUCCAAGUGAUGGGCCUGGCCAACAUGUAGAAAACUCAGAAUUGGAGUGUCGGAGUUCACUAUUGCCUCAGGAAGACUUGAACGAUGAAUCACUGAGAGAUCAGCCAAGUGAUGGGCCUGGCCAAUACGUACAAAACCCAGAACUGGAAUGCCGAAGUUCACUGUUGCCGCAGGAAGACCUGAAAGAUGAAUCCGUCUCAUUACAACGAAAUGAUGAAAAUCAAUCUGUUGAGAACCAAAAAUAUGUUGGCUCAUGUUCGCGCUCAGAUGAUGAUAAAAUUAGUUCCGUGGAAAGCAUUAAACAAGAAAUUUCGCUCUUGAAUAGUAGACUCAUGGCACUUGAAGCAGAUCAGAAGUUUCUCAAGCAGAUAUUGAGUUCUCUUAAAUGUAGUAGUGAUGGAGAACAAUAUGUGCAGGAGAUAACUAGUCAUUUGAGGGAGCUGCGAAGAAUCGUUACCGAGCAGAGAGAUAGGACAGCUCUAUGAGCUCAAAAUUAUUCAGCAUUCAGAAGGUAAUAAUAGGCCAUAGUUGUAGCCCAUCUGUUGGCAAUGAGUUUGAGAACAUGCUGUGGAAAAACAAAAUAUGUAGUAUAGCUUAUAGGAUGUGUAUCAGGAUAGGUUGAUGUUCAGGAGACCUUAUGCAUUGUAUGAGGUCCAGCAAAUGUAUUGCAAAUAUCUUUUGAAAUUAUUAGCCUUAGGUUGAUUCUUCCAUCAAAGCGCCUCAGUCAAUAAUCUCACAGGACACAUCUCACCAAUUAUCAGUGUAGUGUAUGAACUUCCAGACAUUCAGUCACUUGGUGAUAUAUAAUGUGAUCCCUAGCAUUACUCUA